CUUGUCUUCAAACUCACACAAAGAAAAAGGAAAAAAAAAAACUCCAAAGCUCAAAAAAGAUGAUUCGACCGUCAAGAUUACUUGAGACGGCGCCGCCGCCACCACAACCGUCUCAGGAGAUGAUCGUAGCGGAAUCAGACAUGGUGGUGAUUUUGUCCGCUCUUCUUUGCGCUCUUAUAUGCGUAGCUGGCCUCGCCGCCGUCGUGCGUUGCGCUUGGCUCCGGAGGUUCACCGGCGGUGGAGAUUCUUCGCCGUCUCCGAACAAAGGCUUGAAAAAGAAAGCUCUCCAGUCUCUACCAAGAUCCACUUUCACCGUCGCGGAAUCUACCUCCGGCGGCGGUGACGACGGAGACACGACG